CGAGCAGCUUAGUUCGAUUAUUCCUGUCAAUGUGCGUGGAUUGUCGCUUGUCAGCGAGGAAACAUCUCUUUUUAUGCGUACAAAUUGAACAAAUUACGGCAUUGUUCUGUACAUACAUAUAUAUAUUUCCAGUGUAGUGUGGACAUUAAAUCCUUCCUCGUCGCGGGGACAUCGACAGACGUUAAACGUUCGAGAAAUUUUAAUUUGUCUCCGGCGAACCGCAGAAUUCACAGACAAAUAAAUGGAAGGUGCUUCAGCUGGUAGAGGUGGUUUUCGUGGCCGUGGUGGCCCAGGAGGACCUAUGAGAGGACGCGGUGGUUUUGGAGAUAGAGGAAGGGGUGGACCUCCAAGAGGUGGAGGUAUGAUGCGUGGUGGUCGUGGCAGUGGUCCCGGUGGUGGUAUGAGAGGUGGACCGCCUGGAAUGAGAGGCAGAGGAGGUCCUCCUGGCAGAGGAGGACACGGCGGACAUUUCCCUCCAGGAGGUCCCCCAGAACCAGGAAUGUCUGGUGGUCCAGGUGGCAGCGGGCCUCCGGGCCCACCAGGAAUGGGAGGACCUCCACGCGGUGGCAGCAGAGGCGGUGGAAGCAGCGGUUUCCGUGGCAGAGGAAGGGGUGAUUUCUCAAGAGGAGAUAGUCGUAGAGGUAGUAGUAAUUUCCGAGGGCGAGGAGGAAUGGACAGAGGCAGUCGAGGGGGAUCUAGGGGUGGAUCGGGAAGAGGUGGUCUAGGAGGUAGAGGAGGAUUCGGAGAUCGUGGAAGCAGGGGUGGCAGUGGACGCGGUGGUCCAUCGAAACGAGGAGGAGGUCCACCAGGUUCUAGUGGACCUUCUAAGAGACCAAGGUUCGAUCAGCCAUCUUCUCAGCCUGCGAAUGGUUAUGCAACUCAACCACCUAGUCAAGGUGGCUACGGAGGAGGUACCAGUAACGCGUACGGUGGAAGUCAACAACAGCCGCAGCAACAGCAAGCAGUGGGAUAUGGUGGAGGCUAUGGUUCACAAAAUUACACUCAGUCAUCGUAUCAAGGUUAUGAAAGUUACCAACAGCCUCCAGAUUAUGGCCAAACAGCGGGCUAUGCACCAUCGGCAGCAGCUGAUAAUAGGUAUGGCGGAGCUCCUACCGUUCCAGCUACAGGAGCUUUCAGUACUGGCGAUCCUUAUAGUUAUGGCAAAGCACCACCAUCAGAUUACUCGAAUCAGGAUGGUGUAUACGGCAAACAGGAUUACGGUAAGUACAGUUCACAAUCCAACAGGCAUUAUUAAAUGUUGAGAGGCUAUUUCUUCUUACAUGUAAGAUGUUAGGAUCGAUAUUAAUGAUACGUGUCAGGGAAACGGUUCGUAGUAUAACGAGAGAAAAAUACUUGGAAAACCAAGAACACAGUUUGGUCGAGAAUUUCUCGUUCUCACGAAACAGAUGCAAAAGACAGAAGUUUUAAUGUUGAAUGCAGAAGUUACAGUAUUAGCGCAGGUUUAUUUUUAAUAUAUUUUUCGAUACUGCAAGAAUACAUGUAUGUAGAAAAAGAGUGUCCCUAUAAUAAAAGGAUACAGAUAUUCUCGUUAAAAGCAGAUUUAAUUGAUUUGAAGACAUACUUGUAUUGAAUCUAAAGAAGCUUAUAAACGGAACACAGUGUUUGAAUUGCAUGAC